AUGGGCACAUCUGAGGAAGCUGGAGCAGUCACCGGAGUGUUUGAUGACUCCAAUGUGGAUGAAGUAUGGGAGAGGAAAAGAAACACACCCGUGAACUAUUUUCUUGCAGGCAGGAACUCUAGAACAUUACCUGUCGCACUGUCAUUUGUCGUGACAUUUCAGUCGUCUUUAAUGAUUCUUGGAUUUCCUGCGGAAGGAUAUGCAUAUGGCAUUGGAGUUGCAUAUUGUGCAGUUGGAAGCAGUGUUGCUUAUAUAUUUGCUGCUUUGUUCAUUGUUCCUGUCUUCCAUCCUCUGAAACUAACAAGCGUGAAUGAAUAUUUCCGCUUACGAUAUGGAAACAAUGUUGUUCGGUAUAUGGUUCUAAUUCUUGGAAUGAUAUAUAGUUUAUUCUACAUGGCAACAGUGAUGGUUGGUACAUGUGUUGCUCUCGACGUAGUUCUUGGAAUUCCUUUCUGGGGAACAAUACUUAUCUAUUCUAUCGUCACUACGAUAUAUACAUCAGUUGGAGGAAUUAAGGCCGUGAUUUGGACAGAUGUAUUUCAGCUUCUAGUGAUGGUUACUGGAAUGAUAGUUGUUCUUGUUAAGUCAACAACUGGUGCUGGAGGAGUAGAAAAUGUUUUUGAAUAUGCAAAAGACAGGUUCGGUUCGACUGACUUCAGACUUGAUCCAACAAUACGUUACCAGGUUUGGAAUACCUGCUUUGGAACAUUCGGUAGCUUUCUGUAUUUAACAUUUCUGCAGCCGGCAAUGCAAAGAGUUUACUCGACACCAACUGUUCAAACUGCACGUAACAUGUAUUUUAUAUCCACACCGUUUUAUUGUGUCUUUAUGUUGAUGGCAUCAUUUGAAGGUGUAUUUAUAUUUGCCUACUUUGCAGCAAAGCAAUGUGACAUUUUAGGCGCGGGCAUUGUAGAUAACAUCAAUGCAAUUCUGCCAUUUGCUGUCCUAGAUCUAUUUCAAGACUUACCCGGAUUAGCAGGAUUGUUUACAGCUUCUUUAUCAAGUGCAGCUCUCAGUACGAUGUCAUCUUGCCUCAGCAGUUUGUCUGCGGUAACAUAUGAAGACAUCAUAAAAAUCAAGUUUCCGGACUUACACGCUAACAAAGCCACUAAACUUUCGAAAGUCAUAGUUUUGGUGUACGGUCUUAUCGCUAUGGGACUUGCGUUUGCUGUCGCGCUAAUUCCAGGUUCAGUUCUUGCUAUAUUUGUCGGUUUUAUGGGGAGCUUCGGCGGACCGACAGUUGCAACAUAUUUAUUAUCCAUGAUGUACCGUAAAGCAACCACCAAAGGUGUUGUUAUCGGUACAAUAUGUGGGUCUGCGAUUGGACUUUGGCUAAACCUUGGGAGCACAUCUUCUGGCUUGUCAUCUUAUCCGUAUCUUCCCUCUGGACCAACCGAAGAGUGCAGCAUCUAUAGUGUAGGUCCUGAAUUUUUGAACGUGUCUACGGCUACUAUUCAUUCUGUUGCUAAUAAUCUUACUUUCUUUUCCGUAAAUAAGCAAAUGUCAACUUCAACUAUUUCUGCAGGUGGAAAUGUGCGCAACCUUUCGAUACUAGAGACAUUUUACAGUAUUUCUUACUUAUUGUUCUCUCUCAUAGGCACUGUAACCUCACUUAUCGUUGGAUUUCUUGUAAGUCUGUGUACAAGUCCGCCUGAAAAGUUUGAUGAACGAUGUUUGUUCUCAUUUAGGAAGCAUAUACUGCUAGAAUUACGCGGACGUAAAUCCUCGACUAAUUCUAAUGCGGAUAACGUAAAUGAUAUAGAAGAAAUGGUAGAUUUCAUUACAACUGAUGUUGAAAAUUGA